AGAUCUAAAAUUUAAUGUUUUAAAUUACCUUUAAGUUGUUGUACAAAGGGCUUUUGGUUUAACAUGUCAGUUUAUGAUCACUGUGUUUGUUUCUCAUGCCACACCACUCAGCCAUCAUACACUCAAAACUCUCCAUCCCAACCAAAGAGAAGAGUCUAACAUCAGCCUCUGAUCUACCUAUAUAUGCAUGUGCACACAUACGCACACACACACAGUGGUGUGUCCACAGUUCACACACACUGAUAAAGAUGCAGGUACUCACAAAUACACAGAUUUAUGUGUGCACACAACCAAGGACCCAUAUUCUCUUUCUAGCUACUUCACACGCACACUGGUGCUACGAGAUUCAAACCAAGGACAACUCGAACUGCCUAGGACCUGACCAGUGGCAGGGAGACUGCCACAAGAGCCGCCAGUCCCCUAUCAACAUCGUGAGCCCCAAAGCCCAGGUGAACCACAGCCUGGGACACUUCUCCUUUCUUGGCUAUGACAAGAAACAAAAGCGGACUGUACAGAACAAUGGGCACUCAGUGAUGGUGUUGCUGGGGAACGAGGUGAGGCUGGCUGGAGGAGGCCUGGCUGCGCGGUACCAGGCCACACAGUUUCACCUUCAUUGGUCUGAGGAGCUGGACAAGGGUUCGGAGCACACCCUGGAUGGGGAACGCUUUGCUAUGGAGAUGCAUAUAGUGCAUGAGAAAGAGAUGGGGGCAUCGAACCAGGCACCGAGCUCUGAAGACAGGAUAGCAGUGCUGGCCUUCUUGGUGGAGGAGGGCCCUAAGAUGAACGAGGGCUUCCAGCCCCUGGUGGAGGCCCUGCAAAGCAUCCCCCUACCUGAUAUGAACACCACCAUGAGGGAGAGCAGCCUGCUGGACAUGCUCCCCGACCAGGAGAAGCUAAAGCACUACUUCCGGUACCUGGGCUCACUCACCACACCCACCUGUGAUGAGACGGUCAUCUGGACAGUGUUCAAGGAGCCCAUCCGGCUCCACAAAGAACAGAUCCUGGCGUUCUCCCAGAAGCUGUUCUACGACCAGGGCCGGAAGCUGAAGAUGAGCGACAACGUCAGGCCCCUGCAGCGCCUGGGAAGCCGCGUGGUGUUCAGGUCCGGGGCCCCAGCACAGCCGCUGCCUUUGCCCCUGCCUGCACUGUUGGUCCCCACAUUUACCUGCCUGAUGGCCAGCCUCCUUCCAUGAUGGCGCACGGCUGGCUACAUGACCUGACUGACCUCAGCUUGUUUAGAAUUCCAUUGUUUCUGCUUCCCAGGUUGGACUUUGGGAAUGAUUAAAAGAUGGAUAUAUAUUUUUUGAGAGAA